AUGUCAGAAAGUGCCCCAACCAACGGCGUCUCUGCCGGCCAGGGAGCCACAGACGACCAUAACGGCCAGCCCCAGACCAGGUCAGCAGGCAGCGAGAGCACAGGGAGUCCGAAUACCAGCGAAAAUACCCACGACUCACCUGAGCGCCGAGAGCAGAUCCGCCAACAGGAACUUCGCCUGAACUACUACCGCAAAUUCCUGGAAGAUUUGGUCGGCUUCAUGCGCGAUGCACAAAGCGAGUCUGUCGCUGACCUCGUCGCUUUGAUCCGCUCCGGUGCAUCGGACGAGGAGAUUCUGGUCGCACUCGAACGCGUCAAGGAGGAGAACUGA